GCCAUACAUACCAUGGAACCUCUGCCCAAGCUCCUCCUCAGAGCAGCUUUUCUUAUACCCUUUCCCCACUACUUAACAGCCCUCCUAAUGAACUCCUUCCUCAUCUACUUCUGCAUCUCCAAUGGUAGCUCGCUUCUUCUUCUCCCUCUUUCUCAUCAUCUUCAUCUCAUUCCCUACACUGCUACUACUACUACCAGUACUACUACUUAUUAUUCUUCCUUCUGCUACUUAUUGCUAUUAUCCUUGGCCUUUAUUAUCAUCUUUACGAUGAUCUAUAACUGCAUGGAGUUUCAUCUUCUUGGCGAUCUCCUCACCGGCUUCCGGGGUCAUAGUGCGCGCUUGAAGUUCCAUCCCCACUCCCCCCUCUACCACUCCGUCGUUUCCCGCUGUUCAAUCCUCCAUGGAAGGUAUUUGGCUACUCCAUGGCUUGCUAGUCCUCAUCUACAGACAAUUUUUAUGAGCUUUUUUGGGAGACCUCCAGUCGUCAAGUAUACAAGAGAGCUCUUUCAUACAUCUGAUGGUGCAACAAUUGCUUUAGAUUGGCUCAGAAAUUCUGAUGAUACCACUCCUAAAGAUGAUGAAACCCCAACCGUGAUAGUGAUUCCUGGCUUGGCAAGUGAUUCUGAUUCUCCGUAUAUAAAGCAUCUUGCCCUCAAGAUAGUAAAGCAUGGUUGGAAUGUUUGUGUGAACAAUCAUCGAGGUUUUGGCGGCGUACCCCUAACUUCUGAUCGCUUGUGUAAUGCUGGAUGGACGGAAGAUACUCGUGAAGUCAUCAACCAUCUUCAUCGUCGAUAUCCUAAAGCUCCUCUAUAUGCUGUAGGAACUAGUGUUGGUGCCAAUAUUCUGGUAAAAUAUCUUGGGGAGGAAGGGAUCAAUGUCCCUGUUGUUGGGGCUGCUGCUAUCUGCUCUCCUUGGGACCUUGUGGUAUUUGACAGGUUCCUUAACCGCAGCUUUGUACAGAGAUUAUAUGACAAGGCUAUAAUGAUUUCUCUACAAAGUUACGCAGAGCUGCAUCGGUCUGUCAUCUCCCGUCUAGCAGAUUUGAAAGCCAUAAAAAAGUCAUGCUCCCUUCGAGAAUUUUACGGCAAUGCUACAUGCUUUAUUGGAAAUCACAAGACUCUGGAUGCAUAUUACAGGCAUUCCAGCUGUGCUAAUUUUGUGGGGAAUGUAGCAGUGCCGCUCCUUUGCAUCAAUGCUUUGGAUGAUCCAAUUUGUCCAGUUGAAGCCAUUCCCUGGGAUAAAUGCAGGGCAAAUAAAAACAUCAUCCUAGUGAGCACACAACAUGGGGGUCAUAUAGCACAUUAUGAAGGAGCAACAGCCAAUAGCAUGUGGUGGGUAAGGGCUGUUGUUGAAUUCCUAGGUGUCCUACACUCCACCCGAUCAAUUCACAAAAAGAGAUGCGGAUCUCCCCCUUGCCUAACCCAUUAGAGUCAACUUAUAAAGCCCCAUGUUUGAUGGAAGAUAGGAUGGUGAAGACAGUGGGAAGCAAGAAAACAGAGCAAUUAGUAGCAUACUCGCCCACUGGGCCGACAGCUCACAUGAGAAAAAUGGAGACUUUCUUUCUGAGCAAAAAAAAAAAAAAAAAGAUUCAUGAGUGGAAGCAUUUGGCCAUCAAAGCAAGAUCCUGAUGGUUGCCAUGAGACUACACAGACAAAUUCUGUGACAACAGUUGAUGGAUUGCUUGUAGGUUUGAAAACCACCAGGCUUGUAAAGUGGCCAAUAUUGUUUAUUUAUAUUGAAUUAAGUAUUGUGUGUAAUAAUUACAUGUCAAUUAUAUAUCAAUUAUAUAUUAAUUAGAGAA